AUGAAGUCUUUCACGAUCCUUCUCCUAGCCAGCCUCGCUGCGGCCACCAAGAGCAACGGUAUCAGAGCGGCAUCAGGCAACUCGACCGACGUCAACCAAGGCUCUGGUGCCAACGCAGAAGCAGGCAAUAACAACCAAGGCAACAGCUCAUCCAACGCAUCGGACGUGAUCCAGGUGCAAAAUGGCCAGCAAUGCAUCAACGUCGAUGCCCUAAACGACCCAAACUUCGACCAGGCGUCGCUUGACCUUGGCAACAUGAACCUGGGCGGCCUGAACCUCGGCAGCGUCAACCUGGCCGACCCUGUCUCGCUCGCCUUCGGCAUCGACUCGCUGCUGAACGGCUUCUGCCUGGGGCAGCUCGUCGACCUGAACACCCUCCUCGCCCUGGGAGUCAACAACCAGGCGCAGAUGUUCCUCGAGCUCGCGCAGCUGGCCCAGCUGCAGUCGCUUGGCUUCUUGGAUACCUUCGGUGUGCAGAAUCUCAUCGAGUCCAACCUUCUCUUUGGCGGAGGUGGCUUUAACCUCCUAAACAGCGGUAUCAUCAAGCGGAAGGCUGGUGCUAAGCAUGCCACCUUGAAAAUGCGCCGGGAGGAGAUGGCUAAGAGGCAAUGCAACUUGGGACAAGGGGCCAACGCCCAGAAUGCCCAGAACUUGCAGAAUGCACAGAACUUGCCGCCUUGCCAGGUGGAGAACAACGCGGACGCGAACAACGGUGUCGAGAAUGUGAACGAGAACGCUGGCGAGAACGUGAACGAGAAUGCUGGCGAGAACGUCGACCAGAACGCGGAGGCGAAUGCUGGGGAGAAUGUCGACCAAAAUGCGGAGGCGAAUGCUGGGGAGAAUGUCGACCAGAACGCGGAGGAGUGUCAGGCCUAA